AUGGGUCGCGUCUCCGGCUUCCGGUCCUCUUUUGUAUUCUUGAUCGUUCGUUUUCGCUCUCUCAGAGGACGGGACGACAAUUGCAAGUCAAUUACCCCAGAACAUGCGCCGUAUGCGCUGCAAGGCGCUCGACGCCUACUGGUGCCUCGACGCCUACUAGGCCUCUCGAUGUUCAACCUCUCCUCGCCGGCGCUUAAAACUAAUCUUCGUGCUAUUAGUAUAAGGCCCAUCAACCUCUUUCCCUUUUGCGCGCAGCCCGCCGACGCCGCGUAUACCUUCGCCGUCGUCCAAGCGCUCAGUCCAGGCCACCCAUCACAUCUCACCUCACCGGAUGUUCAAGCACCAUCAACUUGCUCUGCUUGCGACACGCUGUACUACGCCAUGGACCGCCGUAUCGCUUGA